AUGAAAUUCAUUGCGAAAGCAGUUGCUCAAACAGUCAUAGCCAUAUUUAGAAAGAGAAAAGGAAGGGAAAGAUCAUUAUUGCCUUCAAGCUCUAGUAACUCAGAAGCUACUAAUAUACUGAAAGUAUUGACAGAUGAACAGAAGUUUCAUUUAUAA